AUGGAAGAAAUUGAAUUGAAUAAUGAUGAAUUAAGGAAUAAAACAUGUAAUUUAGAUGGCGACCCUAAGGUAGGUUGGUUACGUAAUAAAAAUGGUUUACUUUUAAAAACAUAUGGAUGGUUAGUUAAAAAUGCUAUAGGAAAUAUAUUGUUAAUACAUGGAUACAAAGUUAAUACUCAAUUAACUUUUAUGAGAACAAAUUUGAAAACGCCAACUAACAAUGAAAACUUAGUAAUAAACAGUAAUAAUUGCUAUAUUUAUAAAGAUAGUUGGAUUGAAAAUUUUAAUAAAAAUGGCUAUUCAGUAUAUGCAUUAGAUUUGCAAGGACAUGGGGAAUCACAAGGAUGGAAAAAUGUAAGAGGCGAUUUUAGUUGUUUUGAUGAUCUAGUUGAUGAUGUAUUACAAUAUAUGAAUCACAUUCAAGAUGAAAUUUCAAAUGAUAAUCAAACGAUUGAUAAAUCUCAUAGUAUAGUAACAACAAAAAAAAAACUUCCUAUGUAUAUUAUUGGGUAUUCGAUGGGAGGAAAUAUUGCUUUAAGAAUGUUACAAGUAUUAAGGAAAGAAAAAGAAGAUAGAAUUAAGGCGUUGAAUUCAAAUAUCUAUAAAAAUAGUAAUAUCAUUUUAGACAACUCUACUAAUGUUAAUGAAACUGAAAAUGAUAUGCAUAAUAUGAAUAAUGCUAAUGGUUAUUAUUCUGAUAAUUCCUGUGCCAGCAGUUCUGCUACGAAAAAUGGUGUUGCUAUUGAUAGUGACAAAGAUGAAGGAUUUUAUGAUUGUUUAGAUAAAUUCAAUAUUAAAGGUUGCGUAUCUUUAUCUGGUAUGAUAAGAAUAAAAUCAAAAUUGGAUCCUGGAAACAAAUCAUUUAAGUAUUUUUAUUUACCUCUAGCAACCUUCCUGUCUUUUGUCUUACCUCAUAUAGCGAUUUCAUCAGAAUCACGUUAUAAAAAGUCCGGAUAUUUUGCUAACAUAUCUAAACAUAAUAUAUUUCGAAAUAUUAAUGGAAAAAAAUAUAAAACGAUGUCUAAAUUUAUAAAAGCAACGAUCACAUUGGACUAUAAUAUUAAUUAUAUACCAAAAGAUAUUCCUUUAUUAUUUGUGCAUUCAAAAGAUGAUAGUAUUUGUUCAUAUGAAUGGGCAGUUUCGUUUUAUAAUAAAUUAAAUGUUAAUGAUAAAGAAUUUCAUGUUGUUGAUGGUAUGAAGCACGAUACAACGACAAAGCCAGGAAAUGAAGAGAUUUUAAAAAAAAUUAUUAAUUGGAUUAGUAAUUUAAGAACCAAUGGUGAAGAUGAAAUAGAAGAUAAAUAA